UAAAAAAAAAAAAAGAAGCAAGCAGUAUAAUUAUCCAUUUCACCAAUCCAGUAUUUAUAAUUUUUAUUACAACCAACAAUAAUACUACUAAUAAUAAAUGGAGUAUGAAUAAUAAUAUCAAAUAAAAAGCUCUCACAUUCUCGGAAUACACAAAAACAAAAUCUCCUUUUUUUCCUUUAAAUACUCUCCUCAGUGUUGCUUUGUAGGGUUUAUACAACUCUCAUUUCUCUCUUUGGCCCGCCGAUCUGUUUUACCUUUUUUGAAUUUUUCGACCGUUGAGUUCUCCGGAGAUGACGUCGGAAUUGGCGGUGAAGGGAGGAGAGUUGCUGUUUUGUGGAUGUACUAGCUGGGAUUCCGUUGGUCGUCGGAAAGGUUUACCGGAGGCAAAUUUGGUUUCGCCGACGAGGCUUCGUCCGCUACUUGGUGUUGACAUUUGCUUUGUUGCUGCUGGCUGCGCUUCUUGUCAUUGUGUAGCACUAGAUACUGAAGGCCGUUGCUAUACAUGGGGAAGGAAUGAGAAAGGUCAGCUUGGUCAUGGAGAUAAAAUUACACGUGAUAGACCAACUGUUGUUUCUGAACUAUCCAAGUUUAAAAUUGUUAAAGCUGCAGCUGGAAGGAGCCACACAGUGGUAGUUACGGAUGAUGGACAGUCCUUUGCUUUUGGUUGGAAUAAACAUGGGCAGCUCGGUAUAGGCCAUGCAAAAAAUGAAACUGAAUUAUCUCCAGUCCGGUGUGCCGUCUCUGAAGUCCACACUACUGCUUGUGGGGCUGACUUUACUGUGUGGCUAACCUCAGUUGAAGGAGCUUCUAUAUUAACUGCUGGUCUGCCUCAGUAUGGUCAGCUUGGUCAUGCUACUGACAACGAGUAUAAUACCAAAGAUAGCUCUGUAAGGCUUGCUUAUGAAGCUCAACCCCGACCUAGACCUAUAGCUUCCUUUUCUGGAGAGACUAUAGUCAAAGUAGCUUGUGGAACAAAUCACACAGUUGCAGUGGAUAAGAAUGGAUAUGUUUACACGUGGGGAUUUGGCGGUUAUGGGAGGCUUGGGCAUAGAGAACAGAAGGAUGAGUUUGCUCCUCGACGAGUUGAGGUUUUUACACGGCAGAAUGUCUUGCCUCCAUAUGCAGUUGUUUCAGCAGGUUCUGUCAAUUCAGCAUGUACUGCUGGAGGAGGACAGCUUUACAUGUGGGGCAAAAUAAAGAGCACCGGAGAUGAUUCGAUGUAUCCUAAACCUCUUCUGGAUUUGAGUGGGUGGAACCUACGAUGUAUGGAUUCUGGCAACAUGCACCACUUUGUCGGUGCUGAUUCUUCUUGCAUAAGUUGGGGCCAUGCACAGUCUGGGGAGCUGGGUUAUGGACCAAAUGGACAAAAAUCUUCUGCAGUUCCUAAGAAGGUAGACAUUUUAGAUGGCAUGCAUGUUAUCAGUGUUGCUUGCGGAUUUGCCCACUCCAUGGUUAUUAUUGAUAGGACAAAUGUUGAGGAUCGACUUGAGCAGCUUGAUGUGUAUGAUGGCAAGGCUCCUGAGGAAGUGGGGGCAGAACCUGUGAGUGAAUCUCCAGUUUCUCAAAAGGCUCCCAAAAGGGCAGCUGCUAAGGCGGCUGCAAAGUCAAAUAAAAGGAAGAAGUCAAAAGAUGCAUCGGACUCUGAAGAUGAGGAGGAAAUUAGUGAUGAUGAUGAGAGUGAUGACUAUGAGGAACAAUCUAAUGGGCGGGCUAAGUCUUCCGGCAGGGGUCGAGGAAAGGCUGCUGGCAAAGCUGCAGCAGCUAAAAAGGGUGCUGGCCGUGGGAGGGGUCGACCUCCAUCAGCAAACCAAAGCUCCCAGCCUGAAGGGAAAGUAUCGACUGGUAAAAGGGGAAGGCCGAGGAAGACGCAAGAGUAACACUUUCCUGGUCAAGACGUUAUGUAUCUUUCUCCUCCGUUGGCUGGCCAAUUAGUUGCACCUUAACAAGUAAUUUGUUUUCAUCAUUAAUUCCAUUUAGCAAGUGUAAAGCAUUUGCGUUAAACUUGUAACGUGUAUUGACAUAGAGCAUCGACUGAAAGACAGGCUUUUGUCCGAGUUUGCAUCUGGUCAAGCUCGUUUUUGGUGAGGGGAGGAACAUUAGGGAAAAUGAAAGAGAAAACUUAAUUCUUCCCGUG